UAUGCGGGGAUACAUAUCGUCUGCCUGAUUGGCGGCGGCUUAUCGUCCCCUGACCUCACAACGUUGCACUUCUUGAAGACUCCUGCCGAUUAGGUCGCACUCGAUUGUACACAUGCACCUUCCUAUCGGUUGCCCAAACCAAAGGCAAUGAUGUCGCAGGCCGAACUGUCGAGAAACUGUCCAUCGAGCGGGGCACAAGUAUUCCACCGUGUAUUUCGAUGGCGUUUUGCGAGCUUUUUGGCAAUUCCCGGUUUUCAUUCAGGGCGUGAAGAUGCACGUUACUAGAGCACUCGUAUAUGCAUUGCUCUUCGUUGGAGUAAUCCCUCAGGAGACGGGUGAGCAUACCGACUGGCCCCGUUGGUGUGGCAAAGUUUACGAGGAUGGUUAUCCAAGCUUCGAGCCUGGUGGACACACAACAGAGCCCGCUGACACUGGUGCCACCAACCUCUACGUACAAUUCAAGCCACGGUAUUCCGUCUAUCUUGAUGGCGAGGCUAGCGGAGCCUUUGUCGUGAAUGCAGCGUUCUCAUCGUGGUACGGCUCACCAUGGUCGGAGUCCACGUUCAAUGGAAACGCAACUGAGUCAUUUGACACGUUAUACUUCACUAUCAAACUGGGAUCUGAUGUUGUUCUAGUCAACGAUUCGAUACCGGUCAAUACUACAGGCGCUGAGUUUGUAUUUGAUUUUUCAGCAGUCGAGCCACAAACAAUACCCUACGACGUAGUGCUUGAAGGCGCCUCUAAAUUCGGCGACAAAACCUACAGCACGAAUGCCACAUUCUUGUACUUGCCUGACAAUCCAGACGGAAGUGCGACCAAGAUCGACUACCUGAAAGGUGGCUUGCUUUUCAAAAGUCCUGAUACUGGUAACGAGUUUCAACCACUGCUACCAUAUGGAUAUUAUAGUCUAUACAAUGGGUCAAACAGUUCCGAAAUUAGUGACGACUUUGUGCGGAACUACACUAGCGACGGGCAAGGACUUAACGCCAUUAUUUCGCUAGCUGGCUUUGAUGAUUCCAACCCCGUAUAUACGAGCAUGGAUCAACAGAGUCUGCGCUUCAUGUAUGAUCUGAGAGGUUCAUACGAAAACCUUUCCAUCGUAGAGCAGCAUGUGAACACCAUCAAGAAUCACACUUCGCUAUUCGCAUACUGGACAGCAGAUGAGCCUGAUGGUUGGCAGAAACCUUUCAACGCUGACGUAGAUGCUCGACAGCUCAUCCAUAAGCUUGAUCCAUAUCAUCCAGUGGCCAUUACUCUGAACUGUCAGGAUUACUAUUUUGGCGAAUAUUCACUUGGUGCGGAUAUAAUUAUGGAGGAUGUGUAUCCCAUCAUAAUCAACUCGACCUUCUCCAAGUGGAAUACUACAUGCAAUGCCACCUUGGGCGACUGCGGCUGUGACAACUGCGAUGGCAACGUGCAGGAUGUUUCUUCACGGCUAGAUGAUCUAUCUAUUUACGAGUACUGGCUUGGACGAUGGCCGCUACCGAAAUUCCACAACCCUCAAGUCUUUCAUGGUGAAGGAUACUGGCCUAGAGAUCCCACUCCAGGAGAAGCGCGAGUCAUGAAUGCCUUGGCCUUCAACCGAGGUGCAACCGGCAUCUUUGGAUGGACAUGGCCGGGAAGCUUGGAGCUAUUCGAGGUGCAUACUGACAUGGCAGCUGUGGUUACUCAGCCACCUGUUCGAAAUUUCCUACUCAGUGGAAAGCCAGUAAGACUUGUUGAGAGUGCAACCCUUGACGCAGCUUACUGGCUAUUUGAUGAUCAGGUAAUGGUUAGUAUAGUGAACGGAGAUUAUGCCGAUCUUCCAGGCCCUCUUUCAAUUACCAUCGCAGAAGAUGUGACCAAAAUUAUGUCGGUCCCGUUUGGCAAUCUGGCGUGGCAAUUCACAGAUGGAAAGCUCAGCACGCAUGUGCUUCCUGCCAUGACAACAAGUUUCAUUAUCCUUAGCAAAUAGCAGUCGCUUAGAGUAUUUGAAUGACAAAUCAAGUGUUAUUACAGUUCGAUGCUGGACUUCUUCUAGAUCCUCGUCGAUAACACAAGCUGUUCUGGUUAAACUGGUUUAUCAUCUCCUGUCAUUGGCACCGGCACCAAGCUGCUGUUGUACACUACGCAAGUUAUAGGUUUCGACCAACCGAGCAACGGGCUAUACGAUCGACUAAGGCAAAUAUCCUAGUAUCUACGCAGUCUAUCCCACGCAUUGUAUCUAUCAUUUGAGAGUAUUUUGGUGGGAACCUAUAAUCAAACCUUAUCACUAUCACUCAAUCUCCAGGACGUCAAGAGCUGCAACUAGACAUAGCCGGACAAUGAAAUUCAAUAGUAGUGGGAGGCCGUCCACUAACAAGGCGUGAUAUUUGGUGUCAAGCUGCAAACUGCGAGAAAUUUAGUUGUACAAUCAUCAAACCUAGACAAAGAAGCAGACGAUUCUAAAUAUUUCAGGUACAAGAAUUCGAG